CAUCUCUGGACGAGAGCAUAUAAAGUAACCGGACGGCAGCAGGCAUAGGUGUAAUGUGCAUCUGUCGAUCAUUGACUUGAUUUUAGUUUUCUUUUCAAAACCUAAAAAUUCAUCUUCAGUGGAAAUAAAAAAGAAGUUUCAAGGAAAGAACGCAAUAGAAGUGGUGAAAGUUUUUCAAGAAGUAUAAGUGCAACGUUCUGCGUGGUCGAGGCAAGAAUUGUUUGCUAAGCCUCCUGUUUGCACAGGAAAAACACACCGCCAUCUUUGAUUAAAUACAAAUACGGGAGCGGUGGCUCUCUAACGGGAUAGGAAGAAAAGGAACAAGUAAAACAAACGCUCAGCCAUGAAUUCGAUCAGCAAAAUUCAUUUCAACAGUUCGACCGGCGUUUCACUAAACGACCGCUUCACCAUAAUGUCUAAAGUGAGUCCAUCCGAUAACGUCAAAUUAACCAGUAACCUGAACGGUGGGCUUCGCCUGAAGCGGUCAAAUUCCGUGGACUCACUCCCACGUCGAGGCUCGCUAGUAAACAAGCAGCUACUGCAUCAACUAGACCGACGUCAUCUCGGGCAGAAUACGCCGUUUCGCGUGCGAAAUCAGCGAAACAUUCGUUCUGGUCGACAACGGUUAAACCGGACCAGUUUUUCGUCGCGCACCAAUCUGCGACGCAUAGCCGGAAAUACACUCUCGCUGGUAGGCGGAUCACGACGGUUGCAGCGUUCCAACAGCUUGACGGAUGUUGCCACAAUGAACGCCGACUAUUUCGAACGCCUGUCGCUGAACCGUUCGAGUUCGCAACAGAACAUCUCGUCUCGACUUGGCGGCAGUUCGAGAACUCCGCGAAGCCGUUCUCGUGGCUCACGCAGCCGCCCGCCGCAGCGUACGAGCUCAUCCAGCAAUUUGGGCGGCCGUUCCAGAUCUCGCGGCGGACCACGGGAUGGUUCCAAUCAUCGGUCACGUUCGCGUCCCCGAAUGUCACGCUCGCGGUCCCGCCUGCCGCCAGCGUCACGAAAUAGAUCUCGCAGCAACGGCAUGAACGGCGGAGGCAACUUUGACCAUCGUCUAGGCCGUGGUCGGCCGCGUGGUCGUUCUAGUGUCCGCCGUGGCCGUGGAAAUGGCAACUAUUCUAGAGCCAACUCCCGAUCUACCGGUCGCACAGGAAGUGUAAAUGGUCGACUUGGCUCGAAUCGUACCAGCUGGCCGAUAUCGAACGGUUACCGCGGUGGACGCGGAUGGAUUGGUAAACGCGGGAUGCGUCGCGGAGGAGGUACAUUCGGCCAAAACGGAUGGACCGGAGGAAUGCCCGGACGAAUGCCUGGACGAAACCCACAGAGAGGAGGAAGAGGAGGAGCCAAUGGAGCGCCACCGUAUCGUGGCCGUUCCCGCUCAAGGGGACGAGCAGCAUCUCAGAACCGCGCCCGUAGCGGACAGCGCGGUCGCAACGCUUCCCAAGGAAGGCGCGCAUCGGCACCAACUAAGAGCAAGGAAGAUCUGGACAAGGAACUGGACCAGUACAUGGCUAACACGAAGUCUUCGCUGGACAAAGAAAUGGACGAAUACAUGAACGGCAUUCACAGCAACAUUCUGUAGAGGACAGGCUUGUUGCCAGCCGAUAACGAUUCCUGUUAAAUCUGAUUAAAGAAUAAGAAUGCGGAAAACUCAUGUAUAUCCUUAUCCAUAAAGUAAACUACUAAUGCUAGUUGAUAAGAAGUAUUUUUUUCUAUUCGGAAGAAAAAAUAGACUUGAUAACUGAGUUUUAGAAAAUUCUAACCAUUCAUCGGUAAAACCAGUAAAAGUCGUAAAUUUCUAAUGUAUAUAGUAUAUACAACAACCUACAAAACGAGAAAUAAAUUGUUUUUAGAACCUCAA